UCAGGAGGAUGCGCCGUGACGUCCAUUCACUUCCGUCGCCCAACUGGAAAUUCCGGAGAAAACUCGGCGGCCGCUCGGUGGAACAUCACACGACCGCGGGUUUCUUGACUUCCGUUCCUUUUCGUUCCUUCUUGUCUACAACCAUCUUCAUUUUAUCGUAAAAGAUAAACCAUGAAAAAUCAAGACUCUGAAAGUAAGCUCAGCCCAUCUGCUGGUGGUCUUGAGGCACUCGUUCGUGUCACAGCAGCGGACGGGGCAGAGGACAAGCUGAGCGUUCUUGAAUCUGCAGGACUUGAAACUAUUUGCCAAACAAUUGAAAAGUCUGGUGGUCAGAAUGGGGUUGUUCAAAACCAUGAUAAUAUAAGACCCAAUGAAGAUGUUCUGAAACAAACACAAACCGGAAACAGCAGUGAGGCAUCAUUAGUUGUUCAAGAAACUUCAACUACCAACAACUUGAAUAGCGUCCAGCCUGAGACGUCAACAUCUGAUGUCUCGGAUGAGCUUAGCAGACAGCUUGAAGACAUUCUGAACACGUAUUGCUGCACUCUGGAUGAGCACGGUUCUUCUGUGCAGCCUGAGGAAUCUCCUGAGUUGGAAGAACUAGAAAAGUGUGCCAACAAUGAGUCCUUGAGAAAUGGUGUGCGGGAAAUAGAAUGUGAGGAGAUGAAUGAAGAAACUGAGAAAGUGGUGAAGGCCGUGGCUGAUGUGAAAGAGAAUGGAGAUGCUCCCAACAACAAGGAUCAGAAAAAACCUCCAGAGAAAAAGAAAGCCAAAGCACUGGGAAAGGAAAUUACGUUACUGAUGCAGACGUUAAACACUUUGAGUACCCCGGAGGAGAAGCUUGCUGCACUCUGCAAAAAAUAUGCAGAUAUGCUUGAAGAACAUAGAAAUACUCAAAAGCAAAUGAGAUUACUGCAAAAGAAACAAACCCAGAUCAUCCAAGAGAAGGAUCACUUGCGGAAUGAGCACAGCAAAGCUAUUCUGGCAAGAAGCAAACUGGAGAGCUUAUGCCGUGAGCUGCAACGUCACAAUCGAACUCUGAAGGAAGAAGGUGUUCAACGUGGAAGAGAUGAGGAGGAAAAGCGUAAAGAGAUCACUUCUCACUUCCAGGUAACUCUAAACGAUAUUCAGGCACAGAUGGAACAACACAAUGAACGAAACUCCAAACUGCGCCAGGAAAACAUGGAGCUGGCUGAGAAAUUAAAGAAACUUAUCGAACAGUAUGAGCUGCGAGAGGAGCACAUUGACAAGGUAUUUAAACACAAAGAUCUACAACAACAGCUCAUCGAUGCCAAACUCCAGCAGGCACAGGAGUUGUUGAAAGAAGCCGAGGAAAAGCACCAGAAAGAAAAAGAUUAUCUGUUAAAGGAAACAGUGGAAAGCCAAAGAAUGUGUGAAUUGAUGAAGCAACAGGAGGUUCAUCUGAAGCAGCAGCUGGCCCUAUAUACAGGAAAGUUUGAAGAAUUCCAAACAACUCUGUCAAAAAGUAAUGAAGUUUUUACAACUUUCAGGCAAGAGAUGGAAAAGAUGACCAAAAAAAUUAAAAAACUGGAAAAGGAGACGACAAUGUAUCGGAGCAGAUGGGAGAGCAGCAAUAAGGCUUUACUGGACAUGGUAGAGGAGAAAACCCAACGUGACAAAGAAUUUGAAAAUCUACAGAUAAAGAUUCAGCGCCUGGAGAAGUUGUGUCGAGCUCUUCAGACGGAGAGGAAUGACUUGAAUAAAAAGGUUCAUGAUCUGAGUGUUCAAACAACACACGAGGGCCACGAUAGAGAGGCUGGGGAAAAUGAUUCGCUGUGCUUCAGUAAUGUCCCCCAAGAUUAUCAAAGUCCACAAUCCACUCCAGGUGUUUCUGUAAAGGCUGAUUGUCCUAUCCAAGAAAUCCAGCUCUCUCCUGAAGUGUGUCCUUGUGCCACUGAGCAGAUGCAGUCACCUCUAUUUACAGAAAAUUUGGAGGAAUCUAAGAUUGAAGCUUCUAGCAACCAACCCGAGUUACUGUCAUCGAACAGCUCCUUGGAGUAACUCCCUACUGCUUGGGGAGCAUGAAAAGAUACAUUAAUGUUACUAUAAUAUAAAAUGACAUGACUGUAUGGAACUCGUACAUUUUUACAAUAUCUUGGUUUGGCUGAAGUAUUAUUCAAUAGUGAUUUGGGUAUAAAAGUUCCCUGCAAAGCUUGUUGACAUAGAAUCAUAUUUUCUGUAUUAGACAAAGGUUCAUCCAAGUAUAAGUGGAAAAUAUUUGGUUUAAUUGCAUGCAAAAAAAUUGGUGAUUAAAUAGGUUCCUGAAAACAAAUGUGCUCUUUCAUAAAUGAUUAGAACCCAUUUGAAAGUUAACAGGCUGAUCAGAAGCCUUUCAUUUACACGCUCUUAACACCAUAGAUUUGUUGCUGAUCCAAAGUCUACUUUAAUCUCCCACCCCCAGAGUAUGAAUCUCUCCAGUUCCUUCACUUCACUGUGCUUUCCUCCCACAGUUGAGCUGACAAUUAUAUGCUGCUCAUCAUCUUUUGUUUCUCAGUGAAUUGUUAGAAGACAUGUGACAUUCGUAAAAAAACAUAUUUUCCGCCAAUUGAAUUGGUUUAAAGAGACUCAUUCUCAAGCAAAUGUUUAAGCAAAUAAAAUGACUCUUGGGCAUCAUAGUCAAAGAGCUUGUGAGGAAGCCUUUUACUUCCUCAACCCAGAUAAUUUAAAAUGAUGGUAUAACUGAACCAAACUUUCUACUUUUCCUUUAUCUUCUAUUAAUCAUUUUUUGCUUCCAGUUUCUUUUGUAUAACACUUGCUUAGAGUAAAAAAACCUUCUCAAAUGUUUAUUUUAAUCUCUUACUGCAUCAUUUAGAACAUAUUGUGAAAUUUAAAACUGAAGACAUUACCAUUACAAAUGGUGUUUGUGAUGUUGCCUUUUGGAAAUAUUUUAAUGAGAACUGAUAUGUAGUUCUUUGUGCCCUCCUGAUGCUCAUUGGUACAUGAGUACAAAUAAAAUGUCACAUAGCA